AUGAAAGUUCCUCGAGUCCUCGUCAUCGCUGGCUCUGACAGCUCUGGCGGAGCUGGGCUUGAGGCAGAUCAAAAGGUUCUUGCAGCUCAUGGGUGCUAUGGCAUGAUUGCCACGACUGCUUUGACCGCCCAAAACACCUUGGGUGUUGAAGAUGUCCAUAUCACCCCACCGGCAUUUGUCGGCAAGCAAAUCGAUGCUUGUCUCACGGAUAUUGGGUGUGAUGUUGUGAAAACCGGAAUGCUCGCCUCCGCUGAGACGAUCCGACUCGUCGCAGACGCUCUACAGCGGCACAGCGCCUCGACCAUCAUCGUUGAUCCCGUUAUGGUAGCGACCAGCGGCGCCCAGCUGUUGCCCGGAGAUGCUGUGCGCAAUUUGCGUGACCUUUUGCUACCGAUGACUAGCUUACUAACGCCAAACAUACCGGAAGCAACCCUUCUCCUCCGGGAUGUAGAUAUCCAGUACAAGUCCCCGUCAGGACUCGAGGAUCUGAAAAUGCUAGCGAAGUUGGUCCACGACCUUGGUCCAAAAGCUAUUCUCCUCAAGGGAGGCCACAUGCCGUUAACCAAGGACUAUGUUAAGAGCAACUUUGACGAAGAAAAGUCCAUCACUGUUGAUAUCCUCUAUGACGGCAAUGAUUACACCAUCAUCGAGUCUCAAUAUCUGACGUCCAAAAAUACCCACGGGACUGGUUGCUCCCUAGCCAGCGCAAUCGCCUCUAACCUCGCGCUCCAGAAAUCCAAGUCCCAACCUUUAGACCUAGCUACUGCUGUUCGGCUCGCUGUCCGAUAUGUGUCCGCGGGCAUAUUGACUGCUCCCACGUCCUUAGGCAAAGGAUCCGGCCCAAUCAACCAUUUCCACAGCAUGCAGAUUCUGCCCUUCUCCGCAGGCCACUUCAUCGAAUUCCUCCUCUCCUAUCCUGCAGUUGCUCCCGUCUGGCAGCAAUACACCCACCACGACUUCGCCACACAGAUGGCACGCGGCACGCUGUCGGAAGAUCUCUUCAAGAACUAUCUCAUCCAGGACUACUUGUACCUCACGCACUUUGCGCGUACACACGCCCUAGCCGCGUACAAAUCCAAGACCAUGGACGCCAUCACCGCCUCCGCAAGAAUCAUUCUACAUAUCGAGCGUGAGAUGGAGCUGCACCUCAGCUACUGCCGAGAAUUCGGCAUCUCGAAAGCCGACAUUGAGUUCCCCUCGCGUAGGGAGUCUCUCGCGUGUAUCGCAUACUCGCGCUACGUCCUCGACGUCGGCCAGUCCGAAGACUGGCUUGCCCUGCAAAUGGCCUUGGCACCGUGUCUGCUCGGCUACGGCGAGACGGCACAACGGCUGUACCGCGAAAAGGAAAGUGUCACCAGCCAGCAGGGGAAUCGCUACUGGCGCUGGGUCGAGAACUACGUCGCAGACGAUUACCAGGAGGCCGUGCGAGUCGGCAGCAUGUUGAUCGAGAAGAAUAUUCUCAAGCAGAGCCCCUCCCGCAUUGAGGAGUUGAUCCGGAUCUUCGUCAGGGCCACCGAGAUGGAGGUCCGCUUCUGGGAUUUUGAUGCUCAUCUAGAGCUGUGA